GCGCGCGGACCGGUCCAGGCUGCUGGCGGCCCGCGGAGCCCAGGAGCCGGACGGCCGGGCAGCGCCGUCGCCAUGUCUCUGGGCACCGGGGAUCCUGGUUCGGAAACGGGGGACGACAGUCUGUCUGCGAUCACCUUGGACUCCGACUGCGAGACGACAACAAAGAGAAGAAACGUCUACAGGCCUCCACCCACGUCUCCGAAGUCGCCAUACUCCUGCCAGCCGAGGGCGGUGCCGUCCUGGAGGCCCCUGAGGACGGCCGCCAGCUUGCCCUUCAGCCGCAGGACGACCUUCACCCCGCAGCAGCUGUGGCCAGGGAGUGCAAAGCCAGGCAGCGCGGCCCAGCCCCCGAAGCCCGGCCUCACCCUGGAGCGCCCCUGGGCCCACCCCCCGGGCAGCGCCCCCGACCCCCUGACGGAGGCGCUGAGAGCGAAGCGGUCGAACCUCCGGCGUUCGGCCAGCAACGGUCACGUCCCGGGGACCCCGAUCUACAGGGAGAAGGAGGACAUGUACGACGAGAUCAUCGAGCUGAAGAAGUCCCUGCACGUGCAGAAGGGGGAGGCGGACCAGCUGCGGACGCGGCUCCGGCGCCUGGAGGAGGAGAACUCGCGGAAGGACCGGCAGAUAGAGCAGCUGCUGGGCCCGGCCCGGGGCCCGGACUUCGUCUGGACUCCCGCAGACAAGAGGCCCGACACCAGCUGGGUGGUCAACGGGCUGCGGCAGCGGGUGCUGAAGCUGGAGCAGCAGUGCAAGGACCGGGACAGCACCAUCAGCAAGCUGCAGGCCGACAUGAAGACCACGAACUUGGAAGAGAUGCGGGUUGCCAUGGAGACAUACUACGAGGAGAUCUACCGGCUGCAGACGCUGCUGGCGAGAUCGGAGACCACGGGCAGGAAGCCGCCGGCGGAGAGGAAGCCCAGCCUCCGGCGGCGGAGGAGGCUGAGCAGCGCCCUGCUGAGCCUGUCGCGCAGCGUGCAGGAGCUCACCGAGGAGAACCAGAGCCUGAAGGAGGACCUGGACCGCGUGCUGAGCAGCUCGCCCCCCGCCGCCGCCGCCGGCAGGAAGGGCUACACAGAGUGGAGCAAGUCCCGGCUGCUGAGGCGGAUCGCUGAGCUGGAGAAGACGGUCAGCGCGAUGGAAGGCCCAGAGCCACAGGCCGCAGCGGCAGGCCCGCUGGGCCCCCGGGCCCUCUCCGCGUUCAGCUCCUCGCCGCAGCCGCUGCCCGGGACCGAGGACAGCGAGAGCCUCCGGGGCGCCGUGAGCAGCCUGCAGGGCGAGCGGGAGGCCCUGCAGGCCCAGCUGCAGGAGCGAGACCUGGAGGUGAGGCAGCUGCUCCAGGCGAAGGCCGACCUGGAGAAGGCGCUGGAAAACCUGCGGGGAGGAGAGCGGGCGAGGAGCGAGCGGGAGGAGGCUCUGAGAGAGGAAAUUCAGGCCCUGACCAAGAAGUUCCAAGACCUGGAAGCAGUGAAGAAGGAAGAGGAGGGCGGCCGCGUGGGACCGGCCCCCAAGGCCCGGGAGCAGCCUGGACCCCCCUGUCCUGCCGGCAGCCCCCCUCAGCAGCAGCACCCGGGGCCUGAAGCCCUGGGGGAGGACUUGGCCCAGCCCCCCCGCCCCUGCGAGGAGGGGCGGGAACAGGCAGCUGCCCGCGCGCUGCAGGCCCGCUGGAAGGUGUACAGACGGCAGAAGGAGAAGGCCACGCUGGACGAGGCGGCCACCGCGCUCCAGGCGGCUUUCAGGGGACACCUGGCGAGGGCGAGGCUGUUGCUGAGCAGAUCUCCCGGCACACCUGGUCUCCCGAGCCAGAGCCCUCCCGCACCCUGCGUUCCGAGCCCCGAGGUCCAGGCCGAAGGCGACCCGGGGCAAGAGGCGGCCAUCACCCUCAUCCAGUCCGUCCUCCGGGCACACCUGGCACGGGCCGGGCACAGCCCGAGGACACGUGCUGAGGCCCCUUCAAAGAGGUCAGCUGCUUCAGCCACGCUCUGUGGGGCCGCCUCUCCAGCCCCCGCCGCGGCUCCUGCCGGUCGGGAAGACAGCGGCGUGAGCCCCGGGGACACCUCGAGGGGACCAGCUGCCGAGGCCGGGGGGCCGAGGUCGUGGGGGCCGGGCACACCAGCAGCCCCGCAGCCCGGCAGCCCCGCCGAGUCGCCCCCGGCGGGGUGGCCGCCCCCAGGGCCCCCACAGCUGGACGACGCCUGCUCCGAUGACUCCGACGAGGUGGUUGUGGCUCCGUGUCCGGCCGCGAAGACCGCCGCCCGCCCGCCGCCUGGCCUGGGCCCCUGUCGGAACGGCUCCCUGGGCGACACCACGUUGUCUGGGGAGGGCUAGGCUGCGUGGACCCUC